AUGACAAAUGACGACGAAAAUGGCGGUAAAAUCGUUGGCGCCCUCUGGUGUCAGAAAUAUGGAGCAUCAUCACAAGGGCCUCCUGGCUUCAACCUUCCGGCGAUCAUGCACGUCGAUCGAAACUGGAAUGUGAUGCCCACGGAACCAAUAGGAUCCUUCGUCACCAAGGUUUAUAGUGAGAGCAGUCUUCCUGUGACCUUCGGCUUGGAGACGACAGAUCCACCAGCGCCGUUCAAGAUAGACCCGAUUACUGGAGUGGUGACUGUGAAUGACACGUUAAUUGAUAAGGAAAACAAAACCUACUCGCUAUGGGUGACAGCAAACGACGGCUCCAUACCACAAAGAUUAGAAGUCUACGCAACAAUCUCCGACAAAUCGGGCAAAAGGCCGAAGUUACCUCAUCCACUAAACUUGAACUUCCCUGCCUACCCGAGUUUACCUAUGCAACCAAAGUUUACGAGGACGACACAAAGUACUACCAAAGCAACUCAUAUUUACGUAACAGUACCUGAAGUGACCACAUCACUGGCAACUCUAAGUCCUCCGAAUACUCCAGAUGAUGUCCCUCCUGGAGGAAUGAAUAUAGUUCAAAACGAUGAUGGAACAACGAGCACUGAAGCUCCGAAUAAGAAUCCUACGAACAACGAUGUGCCUUUGACCAUGGUUCCUUUAGUAGCUAUAGGAGCUCUUGUGGUGAUAGUCGCUGUUGUCAUACUUUUCGUCUGCAAGAAAAAUAAUGCUCAAAAGAAGGAAAGCAAGAAAGAUGAUAUGAGUAAGGACUCGAGUGGGAUCGUUCUUCAAGACGCUUCGCUUAAUAUGUGGGAUCAUCCACGCGCUUACUCGAACCGUUACGAAUCUUGGGACAAUAAUCAUUUACAGUUGUCAGAAGAAACGUCGAUUUCAAAAGACUACCAGCCACCAGACAAAUGGGAGUUCCCUCGACAUAAAUUGAGGAUCUUCAACAUCGUGGGAGAAGGUGCCUUUGGCCAGGUGUGGCGGGCUCAGGCUUUGGAUAUUGGUGGAAAGAAAGGAGAACAAACAGUUGCAGUGAAGACUCUAAAAGAAAAUGCGUCAGAAAAAGAGAAAAUAGACCUUCUGCAAGAGCUGUUAGUCAUGAAGAACUUGGACUAUCAUCCUAAUGUAGUUCAGUUGAUUGGAUGCUGUACAGAAAAGGAACCCACCUUAGUGAUAAUGGAAUUUGUCAGCCUGGGCAAGCUACAGCAGUUCCUCAGAGACUCCAGAGCUGAACGUCACUACGGAAACACUCAUGGAAGCCAGUUCCUCACAUCACAGGAUCUUACGAAAUUCGCGUUCCAAGUCGCAAGAGGAAUGGAUUUCCUUAGUUUACAGGGGAUAAUCCAUCGAGACUUGGCAGCAAGAAACGUGCUGAUCACAGAAGACAGGGUGUGCAAAGUUGCAGACUUUGGUUUCGCCAGAGAUGUAGGAGACACUCAUGUAUAUGAGAGGAAGAGUGAUGGACGACUUCCUAUCAGAUGGAUGGCGCCCGAAUCUUUAUACGACAAUAUAUUUAGUGUUAAAUCAGAUAUUUGGAGUUUCGGCAUCUUACUGUGGGAGAUCGUGACCCUCGGGUCCACACCGUAUCCUGGACUGUCAGCUAAUGACGUCAUGAAAAAGGAUUGUGGGGAAUGCUGCAGUCAGUACAUGCCUGGACCUGGUCGCGAGUGCCACGAGAAGAUCACAGUCUGGGGACAACCGAACAAGGCGGACAAAUACGCCAAGUGCAGGUGUAUCUGUGAGGCCCCGUCCGACAUUGCUAACUUCCUCAACGGGUUCAUGACAAACGGAUUCAGUUUUUCUGGAAAGAAGAAGUAG